UCUGCAGCUGGAGCGGAUUAACGGGUGCCUGAGCGCCUCCUUGCUGCACUCCCACGACACAGAGACACGGGCUACCAUGAACUUGGCAUUGGCUGGUGACAUCCUUGCUGCAGGGCAGGAUGCCCACUGCCAGCUCUUACGCUUCCAGGCCCAUCAGCAGAAGGGCAGCAACAAGGCCGAGAAGGCAGGUUCCAAGGAGCAGGGGCCUCGACAAAGGAAGGGGGCAGCCCCAGCAGAGAAGAAAUCUGGAGCUGAAACCCAGUGUGAGGGGGUAGAACUCAAGGUAGAGAAUUUGAAGGAGGUGCAGACAGACUUCAGCCCUGAACCACUGCAGAAAGUUGUGCGCUUCAACCACGAUAAUACCCUGCUUGUCACUGGAGGGACAGAUGGCUACGUUCGUGUCUGGAAGGUACCCACCCUGGAGAAGGUUCUGGAGUUCAAAGCCCAUGAGGCAGAGAUUGAAGACCUAGCUUUGGCGCCUGAUGGCAAGUUGGUAACUGUGGGUUGGGACCUUAAGGCCUUCGUGUGGCAGAAGAAUCAGCCGGUGACACAGCUGCACUGGCAAGAAAAUGGACCCACCUUUUCUACCACACCUUACCGCUACCAGGCCUGCAGGUUUGGGCAAGUUCCAGACCAGCCUGCUGGGCUGCGACUCUUCACUGUGCAGAUUCCCCACAAGCGCCUGCGCCAGUCCCCUCCCUGCUACCUCACAGCCUGGGAUGGCUCUACCUUCUUGCCCCUUCGGACAAAGUCCUGUGGUCAUGAAGUCAUCUCCUGCCUCAACAUCAGUGAAUCGGGCACCUUCCUAGGCCUGGGCACCGUCACUGGCUCUGUUGCCAUCUACAUAGCUUUCUCUCUCCAGUGCCUCUAUUAUGUGAAGGAGGCCCAUGGCAUUGUGGUGACAGAUGUGGCCUUUCUACCUGAGAAGGGUCGUGGUCCAGAGCUCCUUGGGUCCCACGAAACUGCCUUGUUCUCUGUGGCCGUGGAUAGUCGUUGCCAGCUGCACCUGCUGCCCUCACGACGGAGUGUUCCUGUGUGGUUGCUGCUCCUGCUAUGCGUCGGGCUUAUUGUUGUGACCAUCCUGCUGCUCCAGAGUGCCUUUCCAGGUUUUCUGUAACCUCCUUGCUCCCUGAGAAUCAGGAGCCUAGACACUGCCACCUUCUAGAGCACAGUGGAGGCCUGGAUACCCAUUGCUCACUCUAUUUGGGUCCACAGCUGAGGUUGCCUCUGCUGAGACUUGACAGGCACUGCCUGCCCUUCCCAGUUACAACUUGGUUGUGGCCCUGCGUGACUGUGGGUCCUGGGGACCCUGUGUUCAUCAUCUGUGGAUCCACCCAGGACAGUGGUAUCUGAAGCAUAGGCCAUGUAACCUGCCUCCUUCUCUCUACCUACCAGAGGCUCCAGAGUUGAGCUUGUCCUUUCUCCAGAGAUGUGAAGAUGCCCAAGAGCCUGGAGGCACUGCUGUCCUUCCUGCACAAACAAUGAGUUUCUUCUGUCCACAUAGCCUGUGGCCAGUUGCUUUUCACACAAAGCUCCUGGCAUUUUCUGGCACAAGGACUGGCUUGACACUUGCUGUCAGGGUAGGAAGGGCCAAAAGGAAGACUCAGGUAGUAAUUUAUUGGUUCAGGUGGAUAGCGCCAAGCCAACCAGGCUAAGCAUGCAAUAAAUUCCUGGGUAGUCCAUCCCUGCCUUGAGAAAAGGGAAGAUGAACUUCAGCCCAUUAAGCAGGAAACAUUGGUAUUUAAUAAACAAGGGAAGACUGAACUGAAAUCCCAAA